AUGUCUACGACAAAGGCAUUAUCGCUUCUCGUGCUUCUUCUCUUCGUGUCCCUUGUCCACGCCACAGAUCAAUGUCCGAUCACUUCCAUCUACCAAUUCGGUGACUCCAUCUCCGACACGGGAAAUCUAAUUCGCAACGGUCCUGCUUGGUCUCCCACUCCUAAACCCUUACCUCAACGGAACUACAGUCACAAAGCCUUCUCUUACAAGAACGGUGUUAACUUCGCCGUCUCCGGAAGCACAGCACUCAACAGCUCAUUCUUCGCCGCGAGAAACCUCCACGUUCCGGCAACAAACAUUCCUCUCUCCACACAGCUCGCUUGGUUCAAGUCUCAUCUACUUUCCACGUGUCAAGGUGCCCCUUCUUCGGACUGCUUGAAGCAGUCGCUUUUCAUGAUGGGCGAGAUCGGAGGCAACGACUACAACUACGGUUUCUUCCAAGGCAAACCCAUGGAAGAGAUUAGAAGCUACAUACCUCAUGUGGUUGGAGCCAUCACAGCCGCAGCUAGGGAGGUGAUCCGAACCGGUGCAGUUAACGUGGUCGUCCCAGGGAACUUUCCGGUCGGAUGUUUUCCGAUAUACUUGACAUCUUUCCCCGUGAAGGAUCCAAAAGCUUACGACGACCAAGGAUGCUUGAAGCAUCUCAACGAAUUCGCCAUGGAUCACAAUAACCAACUCCAAGAAGCUAUAGCUUCUUUGAGAAAAGAGUUUCCCCAUGUGGCUAUAGUCUAUGGCGAUUACUACAACGCGUUUCAGAACGUUCUACGCAGUGAAGGCCGAUUCGACAAGAGCGUGGCUUUAAAGUCGUGUUGCGGGAUCGGUGGAGCUUACAACUACGACGGAAAGAGGCCUUGCGGAGCAGCGGGAGUGCCGGUGUGUCAGAACCCAAACAAGUUCAUAAGUUGGGAUGGAGUGCACUUGACUCAGAAGGCUUAUAGGUUCAUGUCUAAGUUCUUGAACAAUCAGAUUCUUUCAUAGAUCAAGUGUACUAGCUUAGACCACCUCCAUUUGUGA